CUACAAUUAAUCAAUGUGUGUUGCAAGGGUCCGGGAGAUUUGUAGCUGCCGCAGUGGCCGGUCCCAGUUGUAGGUUUUAUAGACUCUGCCCGGACCAUACGCAGUGCUGGAUUUCGCAGUUCGAUCUUCACGUACGCGCGUCUCAAGUGAAAGAGAUCAGCAGAGGGCUUCACACUGACACAAGCGUCGCAUCUCAUGUUCGGCGUCCGAACGUCAACAGAGCUUCUGACACCAGAUCGAUAAAGGGUUCAAAAGGUCAGAAAUGAGGCCUAUGCACAAAACAUCCACCACCAGCUCUUUAGGGGCCACUACAUGGAGCGUGGACAUACAAUCUGACCAGAAGUUUCACACAGCCAAAACUCAGAGCAUAAUUGGAUUUCCUUUCCCUGAGUGAAAAGACCAUUGACUAUUGACACCAAAUCCAACGAUUCCUGAGCAACACCAACAAGCUACGAUCACUAAUCUGUCUCUAUAGAUACACUUGUCUAUAAAUUCCACAUCAUAUCCAAAACCAGUUAGAGCCUUGUUUUUACUUCCUGUGGGACACCAUUUAAAAUUGUACCUUAGUGGAAGAGUCAUGUGUGAAUCACAGACAUCCAGUUCAACUUAUUCAAGUGGAAAGGGGGGAGGGAUGGUGACCAGUGCCUUAUUCUGGUGGGCCAUGGCUGUCCUAUUUUUUUCAUUUUGGCAGGUGCCUGUUACCCAGGCUGACUGUUGGUUGAUCGAAGGGGAAAAAGGUUUUGUGUGGCUGGCAAUCUGUAGCCAGAACCAACCACCUUAUGAAGCUAUCCCAUUACAUAUCAACAGUACCAUCGUUGACCUGCGGCUCAAUGAAAACAAGAUUCGGAGCAUCCAUUUUUCUGCUCUAAGUCGUUUCAGUAACCUCACCUACCUGAACUUGACUAAGAAUGAUAUCUCCUAUAUAGAGGAUGGGGCUUUCUCUGCUCAGUUCAAUCUACAAGUAUUGCAGAUUGGCUUUAACAAACUAAGGAACUUGACUGAAGGAAUGCUGAGAGGCUUGGGCCGGCUGCAGUACCUAUACCUUCAGGCUAAUCUGAUUGAGACUGUGUCACCGAAUGCCUUCUGGGAAUGCCCUGCCAUUGAGAAUAUUGACCUAUCCAUGAACAGGAUUCAGCAGUUGGAUGGAAGCACAUUCCGUGGUCUGUCAAAACUAACAACUUGUGAGCUCUACUCAAACCCAUUUAGUUGCUCCUGUGAGCUACUGGGAUUCCUACGCUGGUUAGCAACAUUCCCUAAUAGGACAAGUGAGAGGAUGGUAUGUGAUACACCAGGUGACUUUUCUGGUUAUAGCCUCCUAAGCCAGAAUCCAAGGAUGCCAAAAUUCCGGAAUGCUUUCCAUGCCCUUUCUACUGUCUGCACAGAUUACAAUGUAACUCCAUAUCUUCUUGGAUCUUCAGAUGGGGGCACACCCACAAUCCUGCCAGAUCUGAGCCCCUGUGGAUUUGAUGACUGCCCUUCAGGAACACCUCCCGAUGAGCCCAUCAGUAUUAGCCCAACAUAUUUUGACCCAGAUGCUCGUCCAAUCAUAAAACUUAAAGAGGUGACUCACACAAGUGCAGUUAUCACAGUCCAUAUUCCAAACCCUUUCCGCAAAAUGUACAUCCUUGUCCUUUACAAUAACAGCUUCUUCACAGAUAUACAAAACCUCAAAAGCCAAAGGGAGGAAAUUGAUUUGCCGAACCUUAAAUCUCAUACAGACUACACAUACUGUGUAGUAUCCAUACGCAACUCCUUAAGGUUCAACCAUACCUGCCUGAUCAUCUCCACUGGACCUAGAACCAUGCGAGAACGUGUACCAAAUGACCCUACAGCUACUCACUAUAUCAUGACCAUACUGGGCUCCUUCUUUGGAAUGGUCAUUGUACUGGGUGUGGUGUGUCACUGCCUGAGGAAACGCAAGUACCAAGAAGAGCCAAAGAGCAAGAAACUUGAGAAGAUGAAAAGGAAUUUGAUUGAGAUGAAAUAUGGGGGUGAACUGGAAAGUGGGACUAUCUCACAGCUACCACAGAAGCAAAUGAUGUCCACUGGAGAGAGCAUUCAGAGGAUGCCAUAUUUACCAUCUGCCAGUGAAACAGACCAGUAUAAAGUGCAGGAGAUGUCGGGAACACCAAAAACAACAAAAGGAAACUACAUGGAAGUAAGGUCUGAGCAGCCCGAGCGAAUGGAGUGUGGUGUCCCCCCAUCUGAGAACAGCCAAGGCUCUGUGGCCGAGAUAUCAACAAUUGCCAAGGAAGUAGACAAAGUGAAUCAGAUUAUAAACAAUUGCAUUGAUGCACUCAAAUCUGAAUCAGCAUCGUUCCAGGCUGUGAAAUCUGGUGCUGUAUCCACAGCUGAGCCACAGCUGGUUCUUAUAUCAGAGCACCCACCAGGCAAGUCAGGUCUUCUAUCACCUGUGUACAAAGGGGUCUACCACCACCCACUUCAGAGGCACCACAGUAUGGAAGCACCAUCUAAGCGUGCCAGCUCAUCAUCAAGUGGGUCAAUGCGUAGCCCUCGAUCUUUCCGCUCUGAAGGAGCCUAUCGGUCAGAGUCCAAAUACAUUGAGAAAGCAUCUUUGGAUGAGUCAGGAAUCCUAACGGUCACCCCUGCUGCUGCAAUACUUAGGGCAGAGGCAGAGCGGAUACGACAGUACAGUGAGCACAGGCACUCGUAUCCCGGACCUCACCAGGUAGAGGACCCACUGGAAGUUCCAGGGAGUCGAAAGUCAUCUAUCUUGGAGCCUCUGACACGCUCACGGCCACGUGAGCUCUCUUACGCCCAGCUCUCACCGCAAUACCACAACCUCAGUGGUUACUCUAGCCCUGAGUACAGCUGCCGGCCGUCCCUUAGCCUAUGGGAACGAUUCAAACUCCACCGCAAACGUCACAGAGAUGAAGAAGAGUACAUGGCUGCGGGGCACGCAUUACGGAGAAAAGUACAGUUUGCCAAAGAUGAGGACUUACAUGAUAUCCUCGACUACUGGAAGGGUGUUUCUGCUCAGCAGAAAUUAUGAUUUUGUAGUAACUUCAAGUGUGGUCAGUUGAAUGUGGUCAAUCACUUCUCUGGACCAAAAAACCAGUCUUGAUAAUUGAAUAAAAAUGAGUCAUUUUUAGAGUUAUAGCUUAGAUAUAAUUCUAAAUUCAUUACACUUUUUCACCAUUUGAGAAUAAAAAUACAGUAGAUCUCGCAGUGAGUGUAUGUGCCAAAUGAUAGAUAACUUUUAACAGUAUUAACCUCAAAUCAAGACAUUUUUAUAUAUCAAAAGUAACAUUAGGAUAUUAUUGUAUUAAUUAUUCUUACUACCAUUAUUGUUACUACUAUUAUUGCCAUUAUCAUUAUAACCAUUAACGUUCCUUAUUAGUAUUAUAAUUAAGAUUGAUUAAUCUUAUUGAUUACUAUAAUUAACCUUUGGUUAUCGCAUGGCCGUGUCCUGUGACAGUAUAUUGACUGUUGUGCACUUGGAGCAAAGGACUUACUCAAAAUGUUUGCCGAACACUGUUUUGCCACAACAUAAAAUUUCAAAACAGACUGUGCUACUUUGAAAAUACUUUUUCCCUCAUCUUUAGUGACUGUUGAAUAGGAAUACUGCAGAGUUCUCCACCUACUUAUGGGAAUUUGCAUAGAGAAAUGUUCUACAUUUGCCACAAAAGCACAUCUGUGUUGACUUUUAAAACAAAGACUUUUGGAAAACAGUUUCUGUUAGUGCUUUCUUAGUUAUCUUUUGUAAAGUUUAUGUUCAAACCUGCAAUGAAUGUCUCAAGUCCUUAUGGAUCCAAUCUGCACUGUUCAAUUACACAGAAAUACACAGAGAAGCAAAACAAGCUAUUAAACAUUUCCCCAAUGUUUAUUUCAAAAAGACAUUUACAAUGUUAAGCAGCACUGCUGGGGAAACUCAAUUUACAAAUGGAAUCUGUCUAUUUGACAUACACAAUGGUGUACACAAUUCAUAUAUAGGAGAAUGAAUGUAUAAAGAGUAAUCUAACUUAAUCCAACACUCUGUGUAACCACUUUAAUUUGUAUUUGCCAUUUAUGUCUUUGGCCUCUGUUAUUUGGUGAGUUUCUGAGCUUAAAUUCAUUUCACUGUGUAAUAGGGAUAAAAGUUUGGAUGUUGUGUCAGACCACCUCUACCACAUUAAGACUCUAAAUGACUCUGACCUCCAGACCAGUUUCAUAGAUCAGCUCUGUAUGAAAAUAUGUCUCACAGAGAUACUUCUUCCCCAUCAGCGUGCGCUAAACUGCCGACCCUUGCAAUUUUCUAACAGAAUAACCUUUUCUCAAAGUCAACAAUGAUAGACUAUUAAGAUUUCACCACUGGAACUGUGCUAUAAAUUCUGAAGAACACUUCACUAUAAAGAGGGGACUGUCAUUAUAGAACUCUGCCAUUAUAGCAGCUCUGACUAUACUACAGUUCUCUACAGGAUUUGAUUUGUUUCCAAGGGCUCUAGUUUGAUGAUGGGGAAAAAAACAACAUAAUCAACAGAAAAGAUAAGAUUGUUGAAACAGAAUGUAGAGCAGCUUUUGAGUUAGUAUUUCAUACAUAGAAAAAAAAAUAUUAAACAGAAACAAUGUGAAAAUAAAAUUUCAAAUUUAACAACAUACUAAUUUGUAUGUGUAAAACUAACACAUAAAUAGCAUUAUGCUGAUUAAUCAGAUAAACAAGGGCCAAGAGUUAUAUUUCAGUAAAUAAUACACCUCCAUGUGUUAAUUAGCAUCUUCUUAAUGUAGAUUUGCCCCCCAAGAAAUUGCAUAUAUAAUGCUCCUGAACAUUAUGCUAAAGCCAUAAAUUGGCAAUUGCUUUAUUAAUGCAUUGCAUCAAUGGUGGCAGGCAAAUCAUUUACAUUUUCUAAAUUUAUAGGUGUAACACUCAUAUUUAAUUUUCCAUCAUUAAACCAGAGCCCUAAUAAAUCUUUAAA